UAGUCAUUCGUGAAUACUUCGUGAAACCUAGUAACUUGAGAAGUUCUCGAAGGCUCGAAGGAACACAAAACAUUGUACUACGUUUGAAAGUCUUCAUUAAUUAAUAUCGUCUUUUUCUGCUGUUUAAAUUGAGGAUAAAGUAUAGAUAGUAUACGAAGGGGCCAAAGGAAACAUUUCAAAAUGCCCGAGGGAACUAAAUGGGGGUCAUGGAUGCCGGAAUAAGGAAAAAAACGACGAGAAUUUUUGAGAAUUUCAAGACACAAGAUAUCAGAACUGAGAUUGGAUAUUUUUGAAGACGCACUUAUGGAUAAGUUUGUUAUUAUUGGAGGAAUACUGUGCUUUACUGCUGAUGUGUUUGCAAUUGCUGCCUUGGUUACUCCAAAAUGGGUCGUAUCAGAAUUCUCAGGUUUUGUCCACCUUGGACUCUUGGUGAUGUGUCAGAAAUCACCACGACAACCAGAAGUUUGUGUUACCCCAGACCUUCCUGACGAGUGGAAGGCCGCCCUUGUGUUUCUCUUAUUUGGAGUGAUAUCUUUAACAAUAACUUGUUUUCUAUUAAUUAUUUCUGUGUGGAAACCAAAUAUGAUGUCUCCUGCCAGAUGGAUUGUGUUCUUUGGAAUGAUAGUUUUCUGUUUUGCUGCUCUGGUUUUCCCUCUUGGGUUUAGCAUGCCGGAAGUUGGAGGUGAAGCAUUCAAGUUACCAACAGGAACUAAUGUUGGACCUUCAUUCUUUUUAUUCAUAUUUUGCAUCGUUUUUACAAUUGCAUCUGAACUUUUUAUAUUCAAGGUUUGUCCAUUGCUGUUGAGAUAGUAUCAAGUAAUGGAUUUUUUAUUAUAGCAAUCACUUCUACGUUUUCAGUGACCCUGGAAAUGAAUAUGCAGUAGCUAUUUUAAAAAGGUUGUCAGAACCAGAAGAUAGGUCAUAGGUGAUAGUGGAUAGGUCAUUCCAAGGCAAAAGGGAUGAUCACCAUACAUCUAAGCAUGAAUGAUCAAGGUGUUUUUAAAGAAUGGGCUUGUUGACUACAAGCAUUUACAGAAUAUCUCAAAACUUAACCUCUGUGUUCUUGAUGAGAAUAUUAGGAAGCAGAAACACAAGUCAUUCCAGUCAUCCUUGGAUCUUGAAAUGGCCUAUUUCCUAUCACUUUUCACCUAUUGCCUAAACUAAUCACCCUUUUAUACAUGUAAUGUUGCACCGACAAUUUUUUUUAAAAUAGAUAUAUACUACGGUGGAUUAUUUGGCUUAUGUCAAUCAAAAUCCUCUUGGUUCUCCUGUCAUUUGGGUUGAAAUAUGUAGUACAACACCUUGUAGUACAUGCAUGUAAAACUGUGUUUGCUACAAUUAAUUACAUUGUUUGGGUUCCUCAUCAAAGCAACACGACUAAUGUGAAAUGCUCUAGCCCACUACAAGCUAAGAACAGUGUUUUGUGUUUCUAUUUUGUAUUAUAGAGUGAUUUACUUCAUUGUGAAAGAACAGUCAAUGUAAUACAUAGUAAUAGUCACAAUUCCAUUGUUUUCUUUUGUUUUACUUGGACUGUUACUAAUUUAUAUAUGACUUUUUUUCACGGGCCAAGUAAAAUCACUCUACAGGAAUAAGAAAUAAGCAAGUUAUUCAAUACUUUUUUAGCAAAUUGUGGUUGGAGAAAUUAUUUUUCUAUAUGUAAUAUUUGGGGUAGCCUCUCUCCUCCCUCCCAAAGGAAUAAAUUUGUUCCCUUUCAUAGACCAAUUUACCAAGGAGGAAUGGGAGAGGGUGGGGGUGGGAAAUCAUUAUCUAUGAUAGAUCAUGAUAAUUUUAAUUUUAAAGUCAAGGUAAAAAGAAAUUUUUAAAUAAUAUUUUAAAGAUAGAGUACUUCAAAUUAACCCAAAAAUAUAAACCCCAAACCCCUCCUCCCAAGGGGAUAAUUAUUUUUUGCAAGAGUUUUUACCUUUCCUCUAGAUGAAGCCUAAUACAUACAAGAAAAAUAUGAAAAUAAUUGGCAUCUUACUGUAUGUCUGUGAUAAUAUUUCUCAGGUUAAUUUGAAUCACCUCUAGAUCUUAGUAAGCUCUUAUUUAAUGCUUUUAGCGAUUGAUWACUUUUUUCAGUAUUGGGUUUUUAAACAAGCGUCAAUAUUUUUUAUACAGAAUUGUAAAUAUGCAAAUAAAGGUGAAGUGUUUGAUUUUGUACAGUUUUUGCUAUUAGUAAUUUCUAGGUUGAGUUACAUUGCAGUGUUUUGUGGGGCUAUCUGAAGGGACAUAAUUCCAAGAUGGCAGCUAUUUUUGUCUCCUCAACAGCCCCAAAUAAAAUGCCAACUUUACUUAC